AUGACGAAACCAGAGUUGGCAUCUCUUUGGUACCGCAUCAUCGGGGCUAUUGGCUUUAAGAAGUCUUACAAUUUUAUCCUCUUCUUCAUCUUUGCUGGUAGCUUACUUGGCUUCACUCUUGCCCGCCUCCAAUAUCUAGACAUCAACAGGUUCAGGAGAGGGUCUGCUCCGGGAGAAUGGUACUACUACCGACAGAACCUCUAUAAGACGGGCCUUUUGCUGCACUUAGGAACUAUUCUGCCAUGUUCUGUCCUUAUUGUUCUCCAAUUUAUUCCGGCAAUUCGACACAAGGCAACCCUGAUCCAUCGCCUCAAUGGAUAUGUGAUUAUCUUGCUUUUCCUGACAUCAAAUGCUGGCGUGAUCAUCAUCGCCCCCCAUGCAUUUGGUGGCGACCCAAGUACGCAGUUUAAUAACGGGCUGCUUGUUCUUUCUUCCACAACCGCUGUCGUACUUGCUUAUAUCAACAUUCGCCGGAAACAAGUCGAGCAACACCGAGCUUGGAUGCUACGGGCCAUGUUCUAUAUGGGAAGCAUAAUAACUAUGCGACCUCUCAUCGAGCUUUUAUCGCCCAUUUUCCGCUCUCUUGACUACAAAUUCUAUAAAUUCUAUAACAUCUCGUCUCCAUACACUAGUGCAUAUCCAAUGUGCAAUGCCACCCUCCUCCCAGAAUUCAGAAACGUCGAGCUUUACGCCCCUGUCAAGGCUGAUAUCUCCGCACCUGAUCCCGCGGCCAUUGGAGCUAGCGUACAACUCCAGUCAGUUCUCGCCGGCUCAAUAGCAACUUUCAUACAUUUCGUGGGCAUUGAAUUGUAUCUGCGUCUCACACCCCGUGAACAUGAGAGGCUGAGGAAUGUGAGCUACGAACGCCAGCUUGCAGCGAAGUAUAAAAAUCCUGGCAGCGCUGGACUGGUUGUGCAGAAGAUUGGUGACGCAGACCCAUGGCAUGCUAAUAGUAAUCAGGAGAUGGGUGCAGGAGAUCAUGCGUCGAGGAGUUGA